GACAGCAGCCCAGCAAUGUUUUCUGUGAGGUCGGCGGCGGCCUCCAGGCCGGUCCUCACCCGCUGCCUGCCCUGGCUGAGGCACGGCGGGCAGCAGCUCCUUCCCCUCGCCGCCUUUCAUGGCUCCGCGCGGUGUCCCGGGCCCAAAGUAGCUGUCAUUUUCUCUGGAUGUGGUGUCUUUGAUGGCACAGAAGUUCAUGAGGCCUCAGCGAUAUUAGUUCACUUGAGUCGUGGAGGUGCUGAAUUUAAGAUGUAUGCACCUGAUGUUCCUCAGAUGCAUGUUGUUGAUCAUAUCAAGGGACAACCAACAGAGAAUGAACAACGGAAUGUUUUGGUAGAAUCAGCAAGGAUUGCUCGAGGCAAGAUUACUGACUUGUCAAAACUUAGUUCAAAGGACUAUGAUGCUGUUAUCUUUCCUGGGGGAUUUGGAGUUGCCAAAAACCUGUGUACAUUUGCAGUCGAUGGAAAGGAUUUUAAAGUCAAUAAAGAUGUUGAACGAAUACUAAACCAGUUCCAUAAGGAAGGAAAACCAAUUGGCUUGUGCUGCAUUUCACCAAUUCUUGCAGCCAAAGUACUUAAGGGUGCAGAAGUGACGGUAGGACAUGAACAAGAGGAAGAUGGAAAGUGGCCUUAUUGUGCGACCGCAGAAGCCAUUAAAGCCUUAGGAGCAAAGCACUGUGUGAAAGAAGUAACUGAAGCUCAUGUGGACAUCAAGAACAAGGUGGUCACAACACCAGCCUUUAUGUGUGAAACAGCAUUGCACCUUAUUUUUGAUGGGCUUGGGAUAAUGGUACAGAAUGUGUUGAAACUAACUAAAAAAUAAGAACCCAGAUUCUCAAUAACAACGAAAGACUUGAGUGCUUCAAUUCUGAGUAGAACAAUAUCAGACAGAGAGUACUUUGACCUGGUAACCUGUAUUUUUUUUCUUGCUUGUUGAUAAAAGUCCGACCAGCUAGACCAAAAGGUUGCCUUUUUUCUUCUUCUGCCUCUACAGGAUGAGAAUUUAUUUUACUGGGUAAGGUAUAGAUGUUACUCCUAACUAAGGAGAGGACUUUUUAGGUUGCUAAUUUAGAGAUGAAACAUUUCACCCUAGGUUUGGUUUGAUUCACUUGUUAGAGAACGAGGGAUUCCCACAAUUGAGAGCAGUAACUGUAAUGUGUUUUUUACAACAUACCGCUUAAGUUAAAACCUAGACCAGCUUUUGCUGGAUGGUAAUUGAAUAGAAAAAAUAUUUUGCAAUCCUAAAUUGAAUUUAUUAUAUCACUACUUUUUAUUAUUUGGAAGUGGUGGGGCAUAAUGUUUUAACUUCACAUCUUCCAAAUCUGAAUGUAAAUGGAACCAAUAAAAUAAAAGAAGUAAAUACUUUGUGUUUGUUUGUGGAUUCGUACUGAUGUGUAUGAUACUGUAGCACAGAAUCUCAUUAGCCAAAGAGAAUGUGUUUAAUUCUUAAGUGAAGGCACAUUUUAAUAGCUUUGGGCCUGAUGAUACUGGGUAAGGUAUAUAAAUAUGUGAUAAAUAUGGUUCUAAGAAUGUGUUCUUUUAAGUGAGUCUCAAUUCUUCAUUGUAGAUCUCACCUUUGUACUCAGGGAGAAGAAAGGGAAAUUGCAGAUCUUUAAAUCUAUUACAAUGGCUUCCUAACCUUGUUAAGAUUUCCUGACAGUAAUUGUGUAGUUGGCUCAGAUCUCCAAACAUGUAAAAACAAAAUAAAAUUUACUGAUGCAGUU